GCCGCCGCUUCUCUCCUCUUUGCGCGCAGAACCACCGCCAAACUUUGACGAGCUGUAACCUUCAGCAAGGCAACAAAACAAGCCGGGCUGAAUUAUAAACGGAGGACAUACGUUUUUCAAAUUUAUAUUUCAAGCUGUGCCGCUAAUUCUGGGUGAUAAAGGUGUCGACAUGGAAAACACUCCGGUUGAGAUUUUCAAAGAAGACAAUAAGUGCCUCUCCACGCUGCUGGAGGACUGUCCGAUGAAUUCCUCUGUUUGGGCGUCCGGAUACUCCGACAGCCGCAACGUGACCCACGAUGAUGAUGGUUGGGAGCAGGAAAGCAUGUCCCCCAUCAUCCCCAUCAUCACUGCAGUGUACUCUGUGGUGUUUGUGGUUGGCUUGUUGGGCAACUGCCUCGUCAUGUAUGUGAUCAUCAGGUACACCAAGAUGAAGACAGCCACCAAUAUUUAUAUCUUCAACCUGGCGCUCGCUGAUGCCCUUGUCACCACCACAAUGCCCUUCCAGAGUACAGACUACCUUCUCAAUACUUGGCCCUUUGGUGAAGUGGUGUGUAAAGUGUUCAUCUCCAUCGAUUACUACAAUAUGUUCACCAGUAUCUUCACGCUCACCAUGAUGAGCGUGGAUCGCUAUGUGGCUGUGUGCCACCCUGUGAAAGCCUUGGACUUCCGCACCCCUAUCAAAGCCAAGAUGAUCAACGUGUGCAUCUGGAUCUUGUCGUCGGCUGCUGGGAUACCUGCUUUUAUUCUGGGUGGUACCCAGACAAACAGCGACAUUACUGAAUGUGCCUUACAGUUCCCAGAGCCAUAUGCAUAUUGGGACACAAUGAUGAGGAUAUGUGUGUUUGUCUUUGCCUUCGUCGUGCCUGUGCUCAUCAUCACCGUGUGUUAUUCCCUCAUGGUCCUGAGGCUGAAGAAUGUCCGAAUGUUAUCUGGCUCACGGGAAAAAGACCGCAACCUGAGGCGCAUCACGCGACUGGUCGUAGUCGUGGUGGCUGUGUUUGUGGUCUGCUGGACGCCCAUUCAUAUUUUCAUCUUGGUCAAAGCUCUGGUAAGCGUACCGGAAACCACCGCCAUCAUGGCUGCCUACUUCUUCUGUGUGGCUCUGGGCUACACCAACAGCAGCCUCAAUCCUGUCCUCUACGCCUUUCUGGAUGAGAACUUCAAACGUUGCUUCAAAGAUUUCUGUCUCUCAGCCAAACUGAAGGGGGAGAAGGUGUCAGGGAGCAAGAAGGUCCCCGACGCUGUGCGGGAGACUGCCGUUGCCCUGGACAACCAAGAUGGGACUAGUAAGCCGACAUGACUAGCGGUGGAACUGUCUUCAAUUUCCCAUAUUGGAAAAGAAGACUCUCAUGAUCUAGGCUUAACACACAUCACAUCAGCUAUGUAGACUGAUUCUAUUAUGAUAAGUGAUCCACUUCAUCUUUGUAUCAUCUCUGGGGGUUUUAACAGUGCCAACAUUGAUAAAAAGCAUUUGUUAUUUGUACUAAAUCUUUUCCUUAAAACCACAUAGAUGUUCUUAAUACCAUUUUCAUCCUCCAGGCUUUGGAUAUUUGACCGUUAUUUCGUGAGUAGUUGAUAUUAACUUUGAAAGGUGAAUGCAAGCUUGAUGACUGCUUUCAUUUGCUGCAAAAAAGAACAGAGUUAAGCUUUAAUAGUUUUAAUUUAGUCUUAUUUCCAUAAAAAGUGCUGUUCAUUAAUGGAAAAGUAUUUAGGGUAUUACUAGAAAGUAAAAAAAAAAAAGACAAUGUAACUUUGAAGCUUGUAGCUUUUCAGAAUUGAUUUCAUUUCAAGUAAAUCAAUUAUUUUAUGUAUUUUUACUGACACUUGAACAUAAAAAAUGGGGCAGGCUUUAUUCCUCUGCUUCAAUUCACCUGAUUCAGAUAAAUGGUUCAUUAGCAGGCUUGUGUAGAGCUUGGUGAUGAAUUUUUGUGGAGAUUCAUUAAUCUGAAUUAGGUGUGUUGGAGUGAACAUCUAAAACCUGUAGGACGGUUGCCCUUGAUGACUGAAAGACCCUCAAAUAUGUAUUUUUCACACAGUACAUUCAUUAUUCUAAUAAUUUCCUUAUAUAAUUUUGAUAUUUGCCCAAAGUGCCUUUAACAGUCCAGGAUACCAUGUUUGUGGUGAUAAGAGUGGUGAUCGGUCGGUCAAACACACUUAAUGAAUGAAAGAUUUAUUUUCUUUUAAAUGUGUUUAAGACAUCAGUGCUGAUUGCAUGAAAUACUACUAACAGACGCGUGCCAGAAGCUUUUUCACGUCCGUGAAGUGCUAAUUAACAGCAGAGUGAGCGAACUGACGCAUGGAGGUCUUUAAAGUUGCGUAAGACUCAAUGAGAAACAGUAAAUGGUGAAAUCCUGGACUUGAUGUGCAUUUAAAAUUUGACAGAGGGCUCUCCAUCAGUUCUGACUCUGCAGCAGUGUCCAGACUGAUAAGUUGUUCAAUUUUUGCGAUAUGAUUAAUUAACCUCAUGUGCUGUGUAUGGCUUUUGCGAUGAUGACACAUAGUCCUUUCAUGCUGUAAAUGUUGUGCCAUCUGAACACAUAAACAACUGUCUGAACAAGUUGUGCACCUGCAGUAUAUAUACUUAUACUUCUACAGUAUGGUGUGUGUAUAAAAUACUUUAUUUUGUAUAGAUUGCAGCAAAAUAACAUCUUUGCACAAGAAUAAUUUAUACAAGCUGUAUUGGUAGCAUGUCAAUCAUCUUUGCUAGGAUUUUAAAGGCAACAUCAGCAGCCCUGUAUGCUUGAUAGACUGUGCUGUUCUUUGAAUGUGCUGCAAAUAGACUAUACGAUGUAAAAUAUAUAUCAACUCAUCAGAGUACAGCUUCAGCUCAUGUUUGAUAAAUACAGAAGCUCCUGCUUUUAAAAAUGUAAUUAAUGGCUGCAACAUGUAAACAGACAAACAGAAUAGAUAAAGCACAGAUUUCCUUCAGCUUUCUGAAAAGAUGAGAGACAUUAUUCAGAGAAGCUGCACUGUGACUGAUGCAUUUAUUUCCUUUUCAAUCUCUGUGCUUUCCCUUUGAAUCUAAUAUUAUAUGUUAGAUUUGUCUGAUGUUAUUUGUACAGGACGUGUAUUGAUCCUGUCUGUGAAAGUAUUAAUAUUAAAGCAAGUUUAAUAACUCCA